CAUGCGACUCUUGUUGAUCGCAUUUUUAAUCUGCCUGAUGCCAACGGCAUGGACUAAAAUUUAUAAAGGAUAUAUAUCGAAAAGAACGAAAGUCCAAAAACGUUUUUGGGGUGGGAUGGAUACAAAUACUGGUGCUAAUUUUGGCGGAUGGUUGCUGCGCAUUAUGAACUCGGAUGGCACAUUUGCCUGCGGUGCUUCUUACUACGCGCCGAUGUUGGUGCUAACCUCAGCGAAUUGCAUACGACCCUAUAGAAAUAGUUUGGAUGGUGUAAGUGUCGAAGGCACCGCCAUUUAUGGUGAAGAGCGUGAUAAUUAUGCACUAAUAGAUACAAUCUAUAUGCCGGAGUCGUUUAAGCCGCGUCAAACAGACAUGGAUAUUGCUGUAGUUCGACUUAUGAGACCCAUCAAAGGUAGAUUAACUGAAUUUAUCAAAUUGUGUGAAACAUAUCCUCUCACUGGCAUGCGUAUGACUGCCUUUGCCUGGGGCUAUGAUAGCUUCGAUGUACAACCACCCAGUCAUUUAACCAAGAAGGGAGAUGUGUUAGUUGAGAAUUUCGCGGAAUGUCGACGCAAAUUUAAAGGUAUGCUAGACUUAACGCUUACAAGCAUCUGCGUAACAGAGCCUAAGGAUCCACGCUUAUGCCUAUAUGAUGGCGGUAGUCCUUUAAUUUAUAAAGACGAACUCUGUGGCAUUGUAUCUUAUGGCUCCGGAUGCAGCAAUACUUCGAUUCCUGGGGUCUAUACUAACAUAAUGGAGGUCAAAAAAUAUAUAUUUUCAAUUCAAAAAGGUAUUAAAAGUGGCGCAAUUGAGUAAACAUCAAAUAAUUGCUUAUGUAUUCAUAUUGU